AUGUCAGGGUCUCCACCGAAAAAGAUUGCAAAGACGGAGGAGCUUGCUCCCAUAUUCUCCAAGCCAAUGUCCUCGAAAGGUACAUGGACAGAGUUGGGAAAGGAAUUGCUGUUCUUCACGCCAGAUGGUAUUGAAAACCGUGAGAAGAUUGCUGGAUUUGACAUGGGUAAGAAUCCGUUUCCAGUGUGAUUCUAAAGUCUAGAUGGAACGCUAAUAAAAACAAAAUCUGGAAAUGUGUUUCCUAAGAAUCCAGAGGACUGGCAAUUGUGGGAUCACUCAGUUUCAAAGAAGAUAAGGCAGGCUCAUCAAGAUGGAUUCAAGAUUUGUAUCUUUACCAACCAAAAAGGGCUGGAGGUAUGUCACCAUUCUUUAACUAGCAUUGUUUAGACGAAGAAGGUUAAUCCUGCAGACCUUAAAAAGAAAAUCCAGAAGAUUUGUGGAGCAAUUGGAGUGCCCAUCCAAGCUUUUGUUUCUCCCGGGUCCAGCAAAUUCCGGAAGCCGUCCAUUGGAAUGUGGGAGUUCUUGGAAAAUGAAGGGAAUGGAGGAGUAAAGGUGAAUCGAGGUGACUCCGUUUACGUUGGGGACGCGGCCGGACGAAUAAAGACUCCAGUAAGAAAUUUAUGCACUCGACGAUACAUGUUUUAGGAAAGACCGAAGGCAGAUCAUUCAUCCGCUGAUCGUUUAUUUGCUUUAAAUCUGGGCGUACGAUUCCAAACUCCUGAACAGUUCUUUUUGGAUCAGAAAAGUGACGAACCGUACAAAAUGCCACCUUUCGAUCCCAAGUUUCUGUUGGAAAACAGUAAACCCCAGUUUGAGCCAGGUAUCGAAAGGAGUAAUAAUGUUUUGACAUGACUUUAGAACUGGAAUUAAACAAUCAAAUAACUCAGAUCCUCCUUCUGGUCGGAUCUCCAGCUUCCGGUAAGAGCCAUCUCAGUAAAUGGCUUCAAGACGAAUACGGCUUUACAAUUGUCAACCAGGAUACCUUGGGAACGAAAGAAAAGUGUUUGAAAAAAUGCAAAGAGUUAAUCGAGGAGGGAGAGAAAGUGGUGGUUGAUAACACAAACAGAGACAAGGCUACAAGGUAGGGGAUGUCUGAAGUGCACCAGCCCAAACAGAUGGUGCUAACCCUGUGUUUUCAGGAAGAACUACAUCGAUUUGGCUCGAAGACUGUCAGUUCCGAUCAGAUGUGUCAAGAUGAACAUUGACUAUCCCCAGGCCGCUCAUUUGAAUACAUUCCGAACUGUGAUUGGAGCCGGUAAAGUGCACAAAGGAGUCAAUAGCUUCGUCUUGAAGCAGUAUUUCAAUGCUUAUCAGGUUACGAACGGUCGUCUACGUUAACUUUCUUUGGUUUAGGAGCCCAAAGAAGAGGAGGGGUUCGAAAAGGUUGUCACCUGUAACUUCGUCCCCAAAUUUGAGAAGAAGGAACACGAAGAGAUCUUCUUCCGCUAUCUGAACGAGUAA